GAUGUGAUGGUGAGUUGGGUAGAAAUUCUGUAUAUGUCGUUAAUUGCUUUAGCUACUGCUAUAUUGAUGAUUGUAAUGUUGAAGUUAUUUACUGGCGUUGUUGUGUGGAUGAUAGUAAUUUUCAUGUCUAUCCUGGUAACAGGCGCCGCUGGCUUUUGUUGGUAUAAAUGGUAUUUAUCUGAUAAGCUGUAUAAAUCAACAGAUCCAACUUAUCAGACUCCAGAACAAGCAGAUGUUGUUCGAACAUGGUUGAUUUAUUCUUUAGUAGCUUCAGGAGUGGCAGUUGUAGUUUUACUAGUGUUACUAGUUAUGAGAAAAAGAAUCAAAUUAGUAGUUCGGCUAUUUAAAGAAGCUGGUAGUGCAAUUGGUAGAAUGCCACUUCUUCUAAUACAACCAGUUUGGACAUUGAUGAUAUUAAUAGCAGCUCUAGGAGUCUUGCUAGCUUUAACCUUUUAUUUGGAAUCUUCUAGUGACCUUUAUCAAAAUAAGUCGAGGAAGAGAUUCAAAAUGGUUUAUUUACGCUGGUAUCAUCUGUUUGGUGUAUUAUGGAUAUCAGCCUUUAUCGUAGCUUGUCAAGAUUUGGUCAUAGCAGGAGCAGUAGCUGUCUGGUAUUUUUCAAGAAAAAAAUCAAAGCUUGGUUGGCCUAUUGGAAGAGCAACAUGUAAUCUUAUUAGAUACCAUAUGGGUUCAGUAGCACUUGGCUCCUUUCUUAUAGCCGUGGUACGCUUUGCUAGAUUGAUUCUCAUGACGAUACAACAAAGGUUGAAAGGAGCGACCAACAAAUUUGCCCAGUUUCUACUAAGAAUGUUACAUUGUUGCUUGGUUUGUUUUGAAAAGUUUCUACGGUUUCUCAAUAGAAAUGCCUACAUCCAAAUUGCGAUCCAUGGAACUAGUUUUUGUGAGGGAGCUAGGAAAGGUUUAAUUGUUAUAAUAAAUAAUGCAUUACGUGUAUUAGCUAUUAAUUCUGUUGGAACUUUCCUGUUAUUUCUGAAUAAAAUAGGAUGUGUAGCUAUUGUUGUGAUGGUCGGUAGUGUGAUAAUACAGUUCCAUCAAGACAUAACUUAUACAUGGGUACCAUUAACCAUUGGAGGAGCUAUAGCUUUUCUAAUUGCCCAUUGUUUUAUGUUGGUAUAUGAAAUCUGUCUGGAUACUAUAUUUAUGUGCUUCUGUGAAGACUGUGAAAUGAAUAAUGGAGGUGACAAACCAUAUUUUAUGAGUACCAAUUUACUGGUAAAUAUUUCCUUGUUUCGUUCAACGUGGUCGAACUGGCAAUCCAAUUGCAGAGUGACAAAAUGGUUUCUUGGUUCGUUUGGAAGUCAAUACUAUCAUAAUUGUGGAGUGCAAUUACAAUCAAUAUGUUGGAAUAUGUGA